CACUAACGUGGAGCCACACAGAAGGCAAGGCUGCGGCCUCACUACCUUGUGGCCCCACUCCUCUGAAUAUCGACCCCCAGCCCGCAGAGCAGCCAGGCCGUGGUGCCAGAGAUGUUGAAGACAGCACUAGAGCCCCAAGGGGGCUUCUCCUUUGAGAACUGCCAGAGAAAUGCAGUCUUGGAACACAUAGUCCCUGGGCUCCGGACCCCUCACGCUCGCAAGACCGGAACAACCAUUGCUGGCCUUGUGUUCCAAGAUGGUGUCAUCCUGGGAGCAGAUACACGGGCCACUGACGACUCCGUCGUGGCAAACAAGAACUGCGACAAGAUUCAUUUCAUCACCCCCAACAUCUACUGCUGUGGGGCUGGAGUGGCCGCGGACACGACGAUGACCACACGGAUGGCGUCGUCCAACAUGGAGCUCCACGAGCUGUCCACUGGCCGCGAGCCCCGUGUGGCCACGGUCACCCGAAUUCUACGCCAGACACUCUUCCGGUACCAGGGCCACGUGGGUGCGUCGCUCCUGGUGGGUGGCGUAGAUGUGAAAGGACCACAGAUCUACUGCGUGCACCCCCACGGCUCCUACAGCCGGCUGCCCUUCACGGCCAUGGGAUCUGGCCAAAGUGCCGCCCUGGCAGUGCUGGAGGAUCGGUUCCAGCCUAACAUGACGCUGGAGGCUGCGCAGACGCUGCUGGUGGAAGCCAUCACUGCAGGGAUCCUGGGUGACCUGGGCUCUGGAGGCAAUGUGGAUGCGUGUGUGAUCACCAGGACCGGCGUCAAGAUCCUGCGAGCACUCAGCUCACCCACCAAGCCCAUAGAAAGGUCUGGCCGGUACUGCAGUGCCCCUGGGACCACCGCUAUCCUAUCCGAGACAGUAACACCGCUGACCCUGGAGAUGGUGGAAGAAACUGUACAGGCCAUGGAGGUGGAGUGAAAUAGGCUGAGAUUUUAGAAUUUGGAAGAAGGGGAAAUAAACCUCGAAAAUGCAA